UCUCACAAAAUCUGUUACUUUGGCACUGUAAGUUUUCUGUGUAUGUGUAUAUAAGUAAUAAAAUAUUUGUUUUUCUAGUUAAUUUCCAAAUUUUCCAGUUGGGUUUUGCACCUCAUGUCUGUUGAAAAGUUCCUAUCUUUCAUGGACCUCUCAAAGCUCUGCAAAUUCCAGAGCUUUUGUUCUCAGAAAGCUAGAGUUUUGCUUCUCCUAUCUGUUUUCACCAAACCCUUUUCUGGGUUGCCUUCUCCUUGCUUUGCUCUCACUGGUUGUGGGAAUUUUUUAAUCCAAUAAAAUCACCCCCUUUUUAUUUUUGCUUCAAGUUACAACUCAUUAAUACGGUGAUUAUUUUAUUCAUUUAAUUAUUGUGAUUGUUAUUAUUUUAUUGCUCUCUAAUUACUUCUUACUCCGGAGGAGUUCUUUGGGUGUGGAGAUUUUUGAGAUUUGGUGAUGAUGCCAGCCAUUCUCCAGCUGGUGAAUCUCUGUGUCAUUGGCUUUGCUUUUGCUCUCCAAGGAUCUGCAGGGUUAAAUAUAUCACCAUCACCAGAACCUCUCUCUAUGAAUCCUCCUGUUGAAACAGCUCCCCCUCCUUUUCCCGACAGAAAGCCAUUCACAAGUAAUGUACCAAUCCCCGGUUUACAGCCAAAUGGGUCCAAUUUGCACCCGUCACCCACAAUGCCACCUCUUAUGUCCACCCCACUGCCUCCAAAUAAUGCUCCUCCACCACUAAGCAUUGAAGUUCAUGUACCGUCCGCGCUACCAAAUAAUGCCCCUCCAUCACCAACUGUUGGAGGUCAAGUACCACCUAUGACACCAAAUAAUGCUCCACCACCACUAAGUAUUGAAGUUCAUACACCGUCUGCCCUACCCAAUAAUGCUCCCUCACCACCAAGUGUUGAAGGUCAUGCACCAUCUAUGCCACCAACUAAUUCUCCUCCACCACCAAGUGUUGAAGAUCAUGCACCGCCUAUGCUACCAAAUAAUGCUCCUCCUCCUCCAAGUGUUGAAGGUCAUGUACCGUCUAUGCCACCAACUAAUGCUCCUCCACCACCGAGUGUUGAAGGUCAUGUACAGCCUAUGCCACCAAAUAAUGCUCCUCCACCACUAAGCAUUGAAGUUCAGGUGCCGUCUGCACCACCAAAUGAUGCUCCUCCACCACCAAGUGUUAAAGGUCAUGUACCAUCUACACCACCAAAUAAUGCUCCUCCACCACCAAGUGCUGAAGGCCAUGUAUGGCCUACGCCACCAAAUAAUGCUCCUCCACCAUUAAGUAUUGGAGUUCAUGUGCCCUCUGCACCACCAAAUAAUGCUCCUCCACCACCAAGUGUUAAAGAUCAGGUACCAUCUACGCCACCAACUAAUGCCCCACCACCACCAAGUGUUGAAGGUCAUGUACCGUCUACGCCACCGACUGUUCCUCAAACAAAGCCAGCGAUCAAUAAGAGUCCUAGCUCAGUGCCAUUUGCUCCAGUCCCUGUUGAAACACCUUUGAGGAAUUUGCCUCAAAUUUCACCGGCCAUCCAUGCAAGCACACCAGAAACUUCGCCAUUUGCUCAUCAAAGACAUGUGCCAAACAAUAAGGUUCCCAUACCACAGCCAAUUGCUCCAGCACCUAUUUCAUCCCUGCCAAGGACAUUGGGACCAAAUCCACCUAUAGUCCAUCCGAUCACACCGAAUGUACCUCCACCUAUAUUACCUGCACCAGUUGCAUCACCAACUAGCAAUUUGCGACAAAACCCGCCAUCCGUUCACCCAGUUACACCUGGAGAAUCACCAUCCACUUUUCCUGAUCCUCCUGUAUCAUCUACUCCACCCAGCAUCAACGGGAAAAGGGGUCGUUUUCCAGUUGUUGCACCACCAUAUGAAGCUCCCAAGCCAUCACUACCUGUGGACCGCACCCCAGCUGAAGCUCCAUCUGUCCACAAACCUGUGGUAUCAUCUCGUCCCCCGGUUGGACCAGCAUAUGAAGCUCCCAGGCCGUCACUGCCCAAGGUCCAUACUCCAGCCGAAGGUCCAGUGAUGCCACCGGUAUCAUUUCGAACAGGCAGGCGAAGACACUAUGCUCCUCCACCCCUAAAUCCAGCGUCUUCGGUUCCUCCAUCCCAUUUACCUGAAGCUCCGUCAGUGACCCAUGUUUCGCCUGCUCCUUCUCCAUCUUUAGAAGGCUCUACUCACGAAACCAAAUUGCACCCUAAGAUUUCUCCAUCUGGGUCUUUGGCAAAGAGCCCAAAAGCGCCACCACCGCUGCCACUAGUAUUCCCACCGCCACCUCCCAAUCAAGAUUGUUCAUCAACUAUUUGCACCAAUCCAUAUACAAAUACCCCUCCUGGGUCACCUUGUGGCUGUGUCUUGCCUCUGCAAGUUGGACUGCGACUUAGUGUUGCACUGUAUACGUUCUUCCCCUUGGUUUCAGAGCUAGCCCAGGAAAUUGCUGUCGGGGUUUUUAUGCAACAAAGUCAGGUCCGCAUUAUUGGAGCCAAUGCAGCUACCCAGCAACCAGACAAGACAGUUGCCCUCAUUGACUUGGUUCCCCUUGGGGAAAAGUUUGAUAACACCACAGCUUUUUUGAAUUCCCAGAGAUUUUGGCAUAAACAAGUUGUUAUAAAAGCAUCGUAUUUUGGCGACUAUGAAGUACUCUAUGUGCGGUAUCCAGGUUUACCCCCAUCUCCACCUUCUUCGGAUGCUGAUGCAAUGAAUGCGGGGCCAUAUCCUGGUAAUGACAAUAAUGGAAGGACAAUGAAGCCCUUCGGGAUUUACGUGCACAAGAGGAAGAAUAAAAAUGGGCUUAGUGGUGGGGUAAUUGCUAUUAUUGCUUUGUCUACCUUUGUAGCAGUUGCUUUAUGCUCUGCUGCUGCUUGGGUUUUUCUGUUCAAAUCUAGAGACCGUGCUUCUCAACCAGCAGCAACUCCGCGGGCUUUGCUACCUUCUUCUGAAAAACCAUCUGGUACUGCUGGGUCGAUGAUGGAAAGUAGGCACAGUUCCUUGUCGUUAUCAUUCGCAUCCAGCAUUGCACCAUAUACAGGAUCUGCUAAUACUUUCAGUGCAAGUGACAUUGAGAGAGCCACUAACAAUUAUGACGAUUCAAGAGUACUUGGGGAAGGUGGCUUUGGGCGUGUUUAUAGUGGUGUUCUUGAAGACGGGACCAAGAUUGCCGUCAAAGUUCUAAAAAGAGAUGAUCAGCAGGGUGGUCGGGAGUUUUUGGCUGAAGUAGAAAUGCUUAGUCGUCUCCAUCAUCGAAACUUGGUCAAGUUGAUUGGCAUAUGCACAGAAGAGCAUAGCCGCUCCUUGGUUUAUGAGCUCAUUCCUAAUGGCAGUGUGGAAUCUCAUUUGCAUGGUACCCCCCGCUCUAUUCAUAAUUGUUCUGUUCUUAAUCUUAAUGAAUUUUUUAAUGUCGAAGGAUUCUUUUUGACAAAGGGCUUCUGUCCAUUUUUCUUGCUGUCAGGAAUUGACAAGGACAGUGCUCCACUUAAUUGGGUACAACGCAUGAAAAUAGCACUUGGUGCUGCUAGGGGGCUGGCAUAUCUACACGAGGAUUCCAGCCCCCGUGUAAUACACAGGGAUUUCAAAGCCAGCAAUAUUUUGCUGGAAGAUGAUUUUACACCAAAAGUGUCCGACUUUGGUUUGGCGCGAACUGCCAUGGAUGAGGAAAACAGACAUAUAUCAACACGGGUCAUGGGAACUUUCGGGUAUGUGGCUCCGGAAUAUGCAAUGACUGGGCAUCUUCUUGUCAAGAGUGAUGUAUACAGCUAUGGCGUUGUCCUUCUUGAACUCUUAACUGGAAGAAAACCGGUAGACAUGUCACAGCCACCUGGUGAAGAAAACCUAGUUGCAUGGGCCCGGCCGCUUCUCACAUGUAAGGAAGGGUUGGAAGCUAUCAUAGACCCACAUCUAGGAUCCGAGGUCCCAUUUGAAAGUAUUGCCAAAGUGGCAGCUAUUGCUUCGAUGUGUGUACAGCCUGAGGUAUCACACCGCCCUUUUAUGGGCGAGGUUGUCCAGGCAUUAAAACUGGUAUGCAAUGAAUUUGAUGAGGCGAAAGAAUUAGGUUCAAGGAGUUCUAGCCGAGACGAUGUGUCCAUUGAUGUGGCUGAUGACACAAAUACUACCUCGGGACGGUUGGCAGAUACUUUCCAAAACCGAUAUUCCAUGCUGACCUAUGAUUCCGACCUUGAGACAGAGCGGGAAGCAUCAUUGUCGAGGAUGCUCGGUACCUCAAUGGGCACAGGGAGGUUAGAUACCGAAUCAUUUAGGAGGCACUCCAGUUCAGGUCCUUGGGGAACAGGAAGGAGUAAGCAGUUAUGGGAGAAACUGAGAUCAUCCGGGGGCAGUGUGAGCGAACAUGGGUUUAUGUUCAAAUUAUUUCAAGGCUCCCCCCAUUGAACGCCUACUUACAAGUUUACAAUGUUCGGUUUCUUGCUUGAUUCCUAAAUCUCAGAUCACCACGCAAGAAGCGCCCAUUUGCAGAACGCCAUCACCACAAGAAGUCUGCUGAGCAUGGGAACUCGGACAUGAGCAAAGUUGUGCAGAUGUGUAGAACUGGAAUGGAUGGAAGUACGAAUUCGGAUCAACCUUAAUAACGUCGAAACGGUAACUGGAGCUUAAGUAUAUAUAAGUAGGUUUAGUGUGAUUAACCUACUGAAUUGUCAGAGUUGAAGCAUCAAAAGUUUUGGACCAAAGGCUGCUAGAAAUCAAUUUUUUUUUUUAAUUUGUAAAUAUUCUGUGAUAUUUGUGUAUCAUUCACAUAAAAGGACGCUCUUUGUUACCAACAAUGUAGAGAACAUUUUGUGCCAUGAAAUUAAUCCAUCUGUUCCCUUCUCUUCCAGAGCAAUAAAAUCUUAUUGUGAGUU